ACAGGAGUAUCAGACUAGAUUUCUGUAUCAAUAACAAAUGAGCAAAAGAAGGAAAUUCAAACUAGGAAUGGCUCAGUUCUAGGACACAACAAAUCAGAGAUAUUGAAGCAGAGCGAAACGGAAAGGUUUAUGAAUAGAUGGAAAGGAAUCAAGAAUUUAGUUAAACCCAGGAGCUCACCCGAAUAUGAUUUGUUUUUUUUUUUAUAGAAAUUUAGUUUAAUUAAAAAAGUAACGAAUUUAACGGUGGUACUAGAGGCAUCUGCUACUGUUUUCCAUUUUCUUACCGUUUUUUCGUACAAAGCCACCCGCGCCCCUGAAACCCCCUUGUGUUUGUUUGUACCUUUGCAUUGAUAGAUGCCUUCGUAAACCAAUUCAAAGUUUAAAUUUGAAAACGAAAUUACAAACAAGCACCGAUUUUUCCAAAGAUUCGAUUCCAUUUCAUUUUCCCAGAUCCUUGAAUUCAAUCCCAAGUUCAGAAUCCUCCAUCACCUUCACUUUCGCGUUUCGCAUCAAUCUCUGUUUCGUUUAUUCAAUUUGAUUAUAGUCGUCCCAUAUUUCUUUAAUCUCGAAUCAAUUCGAGUUUUGAAUUUCUGAAUAUAAUAGAAGCCAUAUAUCUCUUCCGGUUGAAUUUACAUAAUGUUAAGUACAACCUCGUUGCCUUCAGCUCUGCCAGAUUCCGCCGUAGACCCCUCACCCCUUCUUCGUUACUCCGUCUCCGAUCAAUUGCUCCGACGGACGUCGGGGCCACUACGAAGCGCGGCGCGGUUCUUCCGGCAUGCCAGCGGGCGGCGGAUGAUGCUCAGGGAGCCGUCGGUGCGGGUGCGGGAGAACGCGGCGGAGCAGCUGGAGGCACGUCAAAGUAACUGGGUGUUCUCGAAGCCGGUGGUGAUACUGGAUGUCGUUUGGAACUUGGCAUUUGUGGCUAGCGGGAUUGUCGUUUUGGGGCUGAGCGUUGAGGAGAAGCCUUCGGUGCCUUUGAGGGUGUGGAUUGGCGGGUACUUGCUUCAAGGUGCAUUUCACUGUGUGCGUGUGACUCUUAAGUACCGAAGAUACAUGCAAACGCAAGCACGUUCAGCGUCCGAAGGCCAGUAUCAAAAUGGAAUUUCUUGGGAAAGAGGUGUAGAUUUUAAUUCUAGUUCUGGGAGUGAUAUUGGCGAUGCAAAUGAUUCUGCCGACGAACAGGAUCAGGAAGGAUACAGCAUCAGAAAGCGCAUGGAUUCUGCAAAUACUAUGUUUUCAUUCAUCUGGUGGCUUCUUGGAUUUUAUUGGAUUACUACUGGUGGCCAGAACUUGACCCAAGAUGCCCCUCAGCUUUACUGGCUUUGUAUCACCUUCCUUGCUAUCGACAUUGUAAUUGUUUUGAUCUGCGUGGUUGUGGCAUGCCUUGUUGGUAUUGCUGUUUGCUGCUGUCUGCCAUGCAUACUUGCAUUUUUGUCAGUGGUGGCAGAUAAGCAGGAAGGGGCAACCAAGGAAGAAAUCAAUCAGUUGCCGAAAUACAAGUUCAGAAGGGCAGAUGGACAUAAGCUUGAUGUUGAUGGUGAUGAUGCCCAAGCUUCAUCUUGUAAAGGAAUAAUGACCGAAUGUGACAGCGAUACACCUGCGGAACAUGUUCUUUCCACGGAAGACGCAGAGUGCUGCAUCUGCCUGUGUCCCUAUGAGGAUGGGGCUGAACUAAGAGAACUUCCAUGCAGCCACCAUUUUCACACGGACUGCAUCGACAAGUGGUUGCACAUCAAUGCUAACUGCCCUCUCUGCAAGUUCAACGUUCAUUCUGGAAACCAUUCGCAAGUUUGAAUUGGAGAAAAGGAGGCAUUUUCACGUUAGAUCAUGUGCUUCUUUUUUUUUUUUUUUUUGUGCAUGCUGUCACCAGCAUCAUACUGGCGGAUGAUUUUAAUAUGUAAUAAUAAGUAUGAUUCUAAAAAAAAUUUAAUAUAAUGGUUAAGGUAGGAGAGUGUACUUUUAUCUCAGUUUAUAUCUCUAAAGUUGAGGCCUUAUUGUGGAGUUUAUGUGUCUAAUUUAAACAAACAGCGGGGCGAGUUUCUCAUGUGUUGAUACGGACUAACGAAUCCUUUUUUGUUUAGGGAGGAAAGGACACAUAUUAAAAGAUAGAUUCCAUUACAAUUAUGACUUCUCUAAUCUUA